UGUGUAGGAGGCGUGGUGUUUACUCGUCGACCUGCAGGUUCCCUCCAGUGCUCACUUCAUUCACAGCCUCUGUCAGAGCGACACAGCAGCAGCAGAUAUGAGCGGACGAGUGGGAGACCUGAGCCCCAAACAGGCUGAGAUAUUAACUGAGUUUCGGGGGAGGAUCCAGGACAUCCUCCCCAACCUGCCUGCACAGCACGACCACUACCUCCUCCGCUGGCUCCGAGCUCGUAGCUUCAACGUUCAGAAAGCUGAAACUAUGAUCAGAAAGCAUCUGGAGUUCAGGAAGAAGAUGAACAUUGACUCCAUCAUAUCUGACUGGAAACCUCCAGAGGUGAUUGACAAGUACGUGUCUGGAGGGAUGUGUGGAUACGACAGAGAGGGCAGUCCCAUCUGGUAUGAUGUCAUCGGCCCUCUGGACCCUAAAGGUCUGUUGCUAUCGGCGACCAAACAAGACUUCAUGAAGACGAAGAUCAGACACACUGAGAUGCUGCAGAGGGAGUGUCAGAGGCAGUCGGAGAAGUUGGGGCAGAACGUUGAAGCGAUCACUCUGAUCUAUGACUGUGAAGGACUCGGACUGAAACACAUCUGGAAACCUGCCAUAGAGACGUACGGAGAGAUCCUCACCAUGUUUGAAGACAACUAUCCAGAGGGCCUGAAGAGGGUGUUUCUGAUCAAAGCUCCGAGAAUGUUUCCCAUGGCCUACAACCUCAUCAAACACUUCCUGUGUGAGGAGACGCGACGGAAGAUCAUUGUUUUAGGAAGUAACUGGCAGGAAGUGUUACGUAAACACAUUGACCCCGAGCAGCUUCCUGUGGUUUACGGAGGAACCCUGACUGAUCCUGAUGGAGACCCUCGCUGCAGAACCAUGAUAAAGUACGGCGGCACAGUUCCCAAGUCGUACUACGUUCAGGACUCGGUGAAGGUUCAGUACGACAGCAGCGUGACCAUCAGCCGAGGCUCCGUCCUCCAGCUAGAAUAUGAUGUCACAGCAGCCAGCAGCCUCCUGAGGUGGCAGUUUGCCAGCGACGGAGCGGACAUCGGGUUCGGAGUGUACAGACGGACCAAAGACGGCGUCGGACAGAAAGUGGCUGAGAUGCUGCAGGUUCUGCCCAGCGAACGCUACAAUGCACACCUGGUCCCUGAAGACAGCGGCCUCACCUGCUCUGAGCCUGGAGUCUACGUGCUGUGUUUCGAUAACAGCUACAGCAUCCUGCAGUCCAAGAGGGUGAGCUACAAAGUCGAGGUUCUUCCUCCGCCGGACGGACAGAUGCAGAGUCCACACAGCCGAGGACAUGGCAGGCUGCAGUGAGCGGGAACACAGAGUUCACUGAGUAUCACCAGUCACUGACAGCAAAAUCAAUACACUUACAUCAGAGCAAAAAACAACUGUGGACUUCCUGUCAACACCUCUGUUUGUCCCACUGUACGCAUCAUGUAUGUGUUAGUUUAUAAUCAGUAAUUAUCCCUCGAUAACUUGAUUAUAGAGCGGUCUUUUACAAUGCAGCUGAUAACCACAUGUGCCCUACCUGCAGACACAGGCUGAUGAACGUAGUGAAGCAUUUAGCAUCUAAAUGUUUCCCUCAAAAGUUCCUGUAUUGUUAUUGUAACAAGAUCGACUACAGCUGCUUUAAAUACAAAUUAUUAGCCGCAGCACCGGCGAUAGCUGUGGACGAAGGCAUUAUGUUUUCGGGUUUUCCAUCCGUCCGUCCAUCCUUGUGAUAUCUCAAGGAACGGCUCAAGGGAAUUUCUUCAAAUUUCCCACAAAUGUCCAUUUGGACUCAGCAAUGAACUGAUACGUUUUUGGUGGUCAUAGGUCAAAGAUCAAGGUCACUGUGACCUUGUCUGUCUCAUUUCUCCAAAACACCUCAAGGAAGUUUCAUUGAAAAUUUGACACGAAUGUCCACUUUGACUGAAAAAUAAACUGAUGAGAAUUAGGUGGUCAAAGGUUAAAGGUCAAGGUCACUGUGACCUUCCUUUUUCAUUCUUGUGCAAAAAGUAUCUCAUUAACACCUAAUGGGAAUUUCUUCAAAUUUGGAACAAAUGUUCACUUGGACUCGAUGAACAGGUUAGAGUUGAUGGUCAAAGGUCAAGGUUACUGUGACCUUGCAUCUGUCUCAUUCUUGUGAAUACGAUAUCUCAAGAACACCAUAAGGACAUUUCUUUAAAUUUAGCACAAACGUCCACUGAAGAAUCUGGCUAGAAGUUUGUGGUCAAAGGUCAAGGUCCGUGUGACUUUGCAUCUGUCUCAUUCUUGUGAAUGCGGUACCUUAAUAACUUGAUGGGAUUUCUUCAAAUUUGGCACAAACAUUCACUAGGACUCAGCUAUAAUCUGAUUGGAUUUCAGUGGUCAAAGGUCAGAGGUCAAGGUCACUGUGACCUUGCUUCUGUCUCAUUCUUGAAAUGCGAUAUCUCAAAAACACCUUGAGGGAAUUUCUUCAAAUUUGGCACAAACGUCCACCCGGACUCACCAAUGAACUGAUCAGAUUUUUUCAUCAAAGGCCAAGGUCAAAGGUCAGCUUGACUGUGACAUCAUCAUGUUUUAACAUCAUAUCUCAGGAACAGAAGGGGAGACAUUUGGUCAGAUACUGAAUUGGUGACUCUAAUCUUGAAACUGUGCUGAUUGUAUAGAUCUUCUGUGUGUGAAGCAUCCGUGUUUUCACUGACAUGGAUGGAGACUGUCAGAGACACUGGACUGGUGGGCGGAGUCAUACAACCACGGAGCAGGAAUUCUAGUUUUUACGUGUGUCAAUGUGGCCAAGAAACUGACUUUCUUCAGGAGGAAUCUACAGGGAUAAAUUAGGUUGCUGUAAUUUUCAACACUGAAUAUAAACACCUGGUUAUUUGUUUACAGUAUGUUAAAAAAUCAGCUCACUGCAGACGUCUGGUGCUAACUGUCUCCUCUCUAUGCAAAUACACCUCGGUGCAAAGCAGUCCAAUUCACUGGACUGUACGUCGUCUACAUCACUGCAGCAAGGUGAGGAGUGAAACCAGGAACGACAACAUUUUCUGCAGGUGUGAAGUUUCUCUUUUGGCACAGAUUUAUUCAGGAGUGACAGAUCAUGUGCUGAUCCUGACACAGACAGUGUUUCCAAACUGAUUUAAGUUUACCGUUUAUUUACAGUUGAUCACAGUUGAAUGAAGAAGUGAACUUACUUUUGAGAAAUGUGUGAAACUGAUAUUAGAAACAGAAACCUCGAUAAGGUGAUCCUCGAUCCUUCGGCCCCUGAAGGUUUGAGGCCCCGGGGUCGUUGUGAAUAGAUAAUUAAUGUGACAUGUUUCUUCAGGACAAUGAAGGUCAUAGAUAUCUUUUUUUUUCAAAGGAACUUGUUUCACCAGCAUUUCAAACCAGAAUCACUUUAACUGUAUGAACUCAUCAGUUCAUGUCGUUGUCACGUGUUUGUAAUCUAAUGUGAUAAUUAACGACCGUAUUGUCCUGUUUACCCGACUGAACAGCUGAACAAACAAAGAAGGACGACAAGCUGAAGACAGACGGAGCAAAGUUACUGUAUGAGGUCAUUCAUCGAGCUGUCAGAUCAUCAUGUGUUUGAUAAUUGUUCAUUUGUUCUGCUCAUGUUGUUUGACUUUAUGAUCAGAGUCUAAAUGAUGUGUUGAAAUGAAGGAUGUUUAUAAUAUUAAUAAAUGUGUAAUUACAGCCUUGAAAAACAACAUGAGGUCAUAAUGAGGACAGAAUUCACAAAAUAAUGUGAACAAGAUAUUUUUGUAAUUUAAGAAGAAUCUUCAGUUACACUUAGUUUGUUUGUUUACUUGUAAUAAAAGCAGAAAUUAAAGAAAAACUGUUGGUUUUAAUGUU